AUCGGACAGACGCGAGAUUUAGGGCGGAUGUUGAUGUUUUGCUCGGGACCAUCUCAAUGGUCGUUUCACAGCGCGGCUGUACGAUCUAUGUCAUCGCCGAUAUUUGCGUAACGUGUUCGAAACGCAGUUUUUCUCGGCGCUUCUCUCGGGAAGCAUAGAGGCCGAGAGGAGAGGCGAUGAUGGAGGACUUUGAUGAGAUUUACGAGGAGGAGGAAGAAGAGGACGAGGACAGGGCCGCGGAGGAGCAGCUGCUUAAGUACGCUCCGGACCCGGUGGUCGUUCGCGGAUCCGGACACGUCACUGUGUUUGGACUGAGCAAUAAAUUUGAGACAGAGUUUCCCUCAGCCCUUACAGGAAAGGUAGCACCAGAAGAAUUCAAAGCCAGCAUAAACCGCGUGAACGGCUGUCUGAGGAAAGCUCUUCCGGUGAAUGUGCGCUGGCUUUUGUGUGGCUGUCUGUGCUGUUGCUGUACUCUGGGCUUUAGUUUGUGGCCUGUCAUCUGUCUUAGCAAAAGGACAAGAAGGUCCUUAGAGAAGUUGUUGGAGUGGGAAAACAGCAGAUUGUAUCACAAGCUGUCUUUGCAUUGGAGACUCAGCAAAAGGAAGUGUGAAACCAACAACAUGAUGGAAUAUGUCAUUCUAAUAGAGUUUCUACCCAAGAUUCCCAUCUUCAGGCCGGAUUAGCAGUGGCAGGCCUGAAUUCAAGCCUCCAGCGUGGUCUUCCCGAGGUGCCUUUCUCCGGUACUGACACGGUUUUAACACGUGGCCUCAUUCCCUUCCCUCUACAAUCUGAACUACUCGUUCCACAUACGAGCGCCACUUAUCGCACUCCUCACAAAGAAAAGCACUGUUUACAACCCAGACCGGAAUAUAUGUGCGCAUGCAGAGGGAUCUUUGCUGCCACGUGAUUUCACAGAGCCUACAAGGAAAAGAAACUUCCGAAGCUCUGGAAUGGAACGUCUACUCACCUUUAAUCACAUCACACAAUAUGCACACAAGUGGCUUCCUGUUGCGACAACCACCUGAAUCACUGUGGAAUGGACCAGGGUGAUCCACAAGGAAUAGUUUGUAGAAUGAAUCUUGAUCUUGUUGUUUUGGUUAAAAGUUGGAUUAAAAACUAUUCCAC